AUCAAGCUCCUAGGCAUGCAGACUGCUUCUACAAACAUUGGUGAAAGAAUGGGUCGCUCUCAGGAGCUCAGUGACUCCAAGCGUGGUCCCGUGAUAGGUGGCCACCUGGGCAAUAAGUCCAUCCGUGACAUUUCCUGGCUACUAAAUAUUCCACGCUCAACUGUUAGUGGGAUUAUAACAAAGUGGAAGCAACUUGGAACAACAGCAACUCAGCCACCAAGUGGUAGAUCAUGUCACAUGACAGAGCGGGGUCAUGCUGAAGCGCACAGUGCGCAGAAGUCGCCAACUGUCUGCAGAGUCAAUAGCUAAAGACCUCCAAACUUGGUGUGGCCUUCAGAUGAGCCCAACAACAGUGCGUAGAGAGCUUCAUGGAAUGGGUUUCCAUGGCCGAGCAGCUGCAUCCAAGCCUUCCAUAACCAAGUGCAAUGCAAAGCGUCGGAUGCCGUGGUGUAAAGCAUGCCGCCACUAGACUCUAGAGCGGUACUUGCCUGACUGCAUUGUGCCAAGUGUAAGG